CUGAGCCUCGCGGACGGCGCAUGCGUUUCUCUCACUCUUGCGGUGCAACUUCCUCUCGUCCGAUCUAUCGAGAUCCUGUGCGGAAAAUUCGCGGAAAGAACGGUCUUUUGAAAUUGUGCGAGGCAAAAAAGUCGCGAGUGCAGAAGGAGGUUGAAAUCUGACGAGAAAAUCUCCAGGCAAAUCUUCAAAGUCCUGAGCCGAGAGGAUUCAAAAUACAAAGUGAAGCACGGAAAAAUUUGUUUGAAGUCUCGACAGGACGAAAAAUAGCAUCGUUCCGGACAAAGUUAACCGUGUUAUCCCCCUUGAUGCACAAUUUAUAGCCUCGAUCCCGCCGAUCGACUGCAGUGUCGUUUCCUGGAUCUCUCGGGUCCUUCGCACCGUAAAAAUCUAAUGAAGAGAUCGUUUCUGGUGUUUUAUUGACUAAGACCUGUGUUCCUGAAGGCAGUGCCCCAAAAAGUGGAAUGUAUCCAUCAGCAGAGGCGCAGAGACAAAUAUAAAUAAUUCCUUAUCGAUGAAUAAUCUCUAAAUGACACACACGGUACUCUAAAUUGCUUCUUAUCACCACGAUACAUCUCUCUUGGGGAGUGAAGAAGAUUCGACUUUUUGGCCUUCUCGCCAGUGACAGAAAAAGGAAUCUUGCAGGCGGCUACAGAAGAGAGGAGGAAGACAAAAAAGACGAUAAAAAUAUUCUAAUAAAUGUCAUCCACUCUCCUGAGUCUCCUAAAUAAUUGCUGAAGAAGAAUUUUCAACAACGCCGAUUUCAUACCGUCCAGGUGAAUCUCUUUCGAGAGCGCCGGGUUGUUACCCUUGAGUGUGGACAAUUGAAGGGGUUGCUGGACUGAAUCUAACUGUCUCAAACGAGCAAACGCCGGCUGAAGCGAAUCGGGAUUGAAGAACUUUUGGUGAAAAGCUUACCUCCGACUUUUCCGGUUUCCUCAUCGGUGCUUAAUAAAACCCCGCCUGAAACCUAUUAAAGACCAAGACCUCAAAAAGUGUGAAGUGUUUAUUGUGUGACUCUCAAUUCCCAGGUUGAAGAUAAUAAUUUUCGCCUGUGAAUUCUCAGCACUUUGUCUUUUCCGGCCAACUCUUGGUAUUUUCCCUCACGUGUUAGGCGAAAAAAGAACUCACCAAGUUCCAUUCUAGAGUCAUUAGAAUUUGAAUAGUGCGUCUCCUCAAAAAAAAAGUGUUGUGCGACGCACGCAAUGAUGCAUUGGUGAUUUGCGUCAGUGCGAACUAAGCUUGAGAUAUUGUGAGGCGAAAUUUUACCUCUUGAGAAAGGGGUGCCCUUCGCACGGGCUCCGUUGACAACGAUAAGCGGCACAACGAUUGAGGCGCUUAUGGGCGUCUGCAAUGAGGAGCGCCCUGUAAUGCAUUGGCAGCAGAGCGCAAGAUUCUUCGGGCCGACGAGGGAAAGAAGUCCCACUCUUCCAACACCCGUGAUAAGUGGCCAAUGUACAAACAGGAACAACAACCACCCACUCCAUAGACCCUGUGCCUCCUGUCUAGAGCCCUGUGAGCACAUCGGAAAGCCCUUCGGGCCCAAUCCAGUGUAUUCGGACUCAUGCCGCAGCAACUACAAGUCUCCGGAGCAUGGCGGCCUAUUCGAGGACGCCUCCCUCAGUUACACAGACUUGCCCAAAGAAUGUCUGGAGCGCACGAGUGUGCCCACGGGAAGCGGCGGGGCGGCCAGCGCAGGCUCUACCACAAUGUCCGAUCAGUAUCUACAGCUGAAAGCGGAGCCAUCGGCACCCAGCAGUCCAGAAUCCUCCUCGGAUAUUCCCUCCUCCAAUCCUGACGACUGCGCUGGAUGUGGCCAGUUGAUACAGGAUCGGUUUUAUUUGUCAGCGGUGGAGAAACGGUGGCACGCCGGAUGCCUUCAGUGCUGCAUGUGUCGCCAACUGCUGGAGGGCGAGACUUCCUGCUAUGCCCGAGAUGAGAACAUCUACUGCAAGACCGACUACUACAGAGUAUUCGGUACGAGACGGUGCUGCCGCUGCAUGGCCACGAUCAGUUCGUCGGAAUUGGUGAUGAGAGCCCGUCAUCUUGUCUUUCACGUGAGAUGCUUCUCCUGCGCCGUGUGCAAUACACCCCUCACAAAGGGGGACCACUUCGGGAUGAGGGAGUCAACGGUACUGUGUCGACUGCACUAUGAGAUAUCCCUGGAAACCGAAGCCCUGCCAGCCACCACACCAAUGACCAUGGCUUGCCAGCAUCCGCAGCCCUUCGGGACGUCUCCUCUCGGACCGCCAAGUCCCAGCGAUGGCGCCACGAAGCUGGGGCCCUCGGGCUUCUUUGGCGGAUCGCAGCACAACCUCACCGCGGCCUUGGCUCAGCCUCCGCGACAGAAGGGGCGCCCCAGGAAGAGGAAGCCCAAGGACAUCGAGGCCAUGACGGCCAAUUUAGAUCUCAAUUCGGAAUACUUGGACCUGAGCUACGGACGGGGUGGCCCAGGUGGUCUGAAUGCGUCCUCGCGGACGAAGAGGAUGCGAACGUCCUUCAAGCAUCAUCAGUUGCGAACCAUGAAGUCCUAUUUUGCCAUCAAUCACAAUCCAGACGCCAAGGACUUGAAGCAGCUGUCUCAGAAGACGGGCCUGCCCAAGAGAGUGCUUCAGGUCUGGUUCCAAAACGCGAGAGCGAAGUGGCGGCGAAUGAUGAUGAAGCAGGAGGGCAAGGGCGGAGGUGGUGACAAAGGUGAUAUCUCCCUGGACUUGGACAGCUACAGUUCCCACAGUCCAUCUUUCAUCCUCGGCGGUCCGCACAGUCCGCACUCGAUCGACUGAAACAUACUAAAUGGUUUCCAUCCUCGAGGACUUCUGUACAUGAUUUCAAUCUAGAAUGUUGUCUAGUUGUAAACUAAACCCGUAGCUUUAGGCAGAGAAAUUCUCUUUGAAUAUUCCCUGACAACACUCCUACUACAAUUAACCUAAGUGGAAUUUUCUCAUCUCUGUGAGAGUUUCUAGGGUAAAUAAAUACACAUAAAUCCUCUGUGGGUGCCAAGCAAUUUGAAAGUUUAGGCACAGACUUCUAAAUUUCUUACGUCCUCGUAGAUUUUUAAAUACUUUCAAGUUCGUUUUGGGGCAAGUAUGUUAUACAAACUUGCCAUCUCAAUCCAAUCUAACUAAGGAUCAGAUGUAGUUUUUAUAUAGACUACUCUGUGUAAAUACAGCAUAACUUUGGCAGAUACAAAACACGAUAUUAUGUGAAAUAGAUACAUAUUUGCAUGGGCUAAUAAAUUGAAGUAAGACUCAAAAUCUUCAUAAGUUUGCUGUCUUAAAAAAAAACUACACCCAUAAAACAUACAUUUUUAAAUUCUAACUUUAGAAAAUCUUGUUUACUUUAAGAUAAGUACAUAAUUAAUAAUUUAUAAAUGAAGAAUAUUGUAGCUACGUAAAUUAAAAGAAAUUGCAUGAUAUUUAUGUAAUUUGUAAGUAGACAAAAGUGAAAAUAUGCUAAAUAAGUGAAAGAAAUAAACAGAG